AUGCAUUCUGCUGUUGGCACAGGGCUUGCUCUUGACAUGAUGACAAGCAAUGUCAAUUCACAACAACCUGUUCUUUCGUCGUCCUCGUCGUUGCCAGGCAACAAUAAUGCGACUAUUGAAGAGAUAUCGACAAUCUUUGUGGUGGGCUUUCCCGAUGAUAUGCACGAACGUGAGUUCCAAAACAUGUUCAUCUUUUCGCCCGGCUUUGAGGCAGCAACGUUAAAGUCACCUAGCAAGGAACAAGAAGAUGACAAUGGACGUAAACAAACGAUUGGUUUUGCAAAGUUCCGUACUCGAUUUGAGGCGCUUGAAGCAAGAGAUAUCUUGAAUGGUCGUAAGGUGGAUGCCGAGAAAGGUUCAGUACUCAAGGCUGAAAUGGCAAAGAAGAACCUGCAUACAAAACGAGGAUUAUCGAUUGAUCCCUAUCAUCCAUUGGCAUCAUCAUCAACAUCAACAUCAAAACGAUAUUCAAUAAGCAACAUUGUUCCUACAACACCGAGUCAUGCAUCAGCUUACGAGGCAUUUCACUCUGUGCCACCAGCAUUACCAUCCGAUCGUCAUCCUCCCAACCCUGAUUUUUAUCCUGAUUUAUUAUCACCUGGUGGUACCACACACGUCUUUCCCGAUGCCAUGUUUGCUGGCGGUGGUGGCAGUAAUACAACCAUGAAUGGGAGUGGUGGUGAUUUAUUCUUGUCUCGAUUUAAUCAUCGAAUGUCAUCCAAAGGCAGCAUUGAUGAGGAUCGUUUCAUGCCGCCGCCAACGGUUUCUUCUUCCACUGGUGCUGGUGCCCCGCCACCACCACCUCCACCUCCGACAUCGUUUCUUCAGACAUUACCAGAAGAGCCAAUGACGGCGUUGCCAGAGAGCUGUUCCUUGGAUGCGAGACUGAAUGGAUUAUCGAUUAGUACAUCUACGACCACUUCAAAUGGAGGAUUGCCAUCACCUGGAAUUACAUCACCUACAUUUCGGAGCUUUGCUAUUCCACCAUCCAUGGCAACUGCUGCUGCUGCUGCUGAUCAACAUCCACCCUGCAAUACACUUUAUGUGGGAAACCUCCCUCAUAAUACAAAUGAGGAGGAACUCAGGGCCAUGUUCUCCCAAUGCAUUGGUUAUCAGCGACUUUGCUUCUCCAACAAACAUAAUGGCCCCAUGUGCUUUGUGGAAUUCGAUGAUGUCGCAUGUGCCACACACGCUAUGCAAGAUUUGUAUGGUAAAAUGCUGAGCAACUCGACCAAGGGUGGAAUUCGCUUAUCAUUUAGCAAGAAUCCUUUGGGAGUUAGGCCAGCCGAUGUUGGACGCCGAGAAAGUCAACCACUUGCAUUAUUCGAUCAACAACAACAACAGCAACAGCAAUUUUCAUAA